CUUUUUCUUGAAAAAUCUAUCAUUUGAGCCAAAAAUCUCCUUGGAUUUUUUCAAAAAGUCUCAACUUAAAAAAAUGCAAUUAUUCUGAAAAGGAAAUUGAUAGUUAAAUGACACCAUCGUUGAAUUCAAACACCAGAGCAGGAGUUGUCAAAAUGUUGGUGCUUUCAGUGCUCGCCUGUAAAAAUUGUUGUUUGCUCUGAAUUUCCCGUGCAAAUCCUAGAAAUGAAAACUCCCGAGGAGAGAAUAAUCGAGCGGAUCAAUCAAGAGAUUGGGAGUGACAUAAAAAAUCUGCACAAAUCGCGAAAUUUGGUGAAAGAAUACGAAAAGCAACUGCAAAUCAUCCGGUCGACGCUCUCCCUGGAGGAUGAUAUUCAGAAUUCAGUGAUAAAGACCGCCCUCGCAGAUGCUGGGAAUGCCUCUGAGAGGAUAGAGAGUCACAUAGCGAAAAUCGACUCCUUCGCUGAAGCUCUUGACGAGAAGAUUGACUUCCGGACGUCAAUCGUCGACGGUGCUGCUGACAAUUUGGAGAAGAUCAGUGAGCUCACGCAUCUUCUUGAGUACUUCAAGAUAGUGCGGGAUAUUCAGGAGAUCAGUCAUGAGUUGAAAUCUUGCGUGGGCGGACGAGAUGAGGCGAAGAUCGUGGGAUUCUACUUGGCCCUGUGCGGCGAGAGAGAGUCUUCAAACAGCAUCAUUGGACGACUUCAGAAUGUUGAGGCGCACCAUCUGAAGACCUUCGCCAAUCAGACGGCAAACUAUUGGCAUGACAUCCUCCUGGAGAAGUUCUCCAAGGACUUCGAGAGCCUCCUGAAGACGAUCCGGUGGCCUUAUCUGGGACAUGCUUCCGAGGUGCUCAAUCCCUCCAAGGAUUCCAUGAACAAACUUGCCAUUCUGGCUGAACAUCUGUUCCUGAUUAAGCCUCCUGGAGACCCAAAUUCUGAACAUGUGGUACUUUCUCCGGGAGUCACUUGUCCCCCAAUCAGUCAUCCUACGCAACUUCUCAUCAAGCCCUUCCGCCAGCGCUUUCAGUUUCACUUCUCGGGAAGCAAGCAAACGAAUCGACUGGACAAGCCGGAGUGGUAUUUCACGCAGAUCAUCAACUGGGCAAAAGACAAUCACAUCUUCGUAGGGGAGAACUUUCAAGUCUCCGCCUCGAGAGCUGGAUUGGCGGACUUCAAUGUUCGCCUGGAGUUUGUCAGAGGUCUUGUGCAACUCGCGAUGGAGAAGCUCUGCGAAGAGAUUGAGCUGAUAGCUCAAGAUGAACACUUAUUCGCCCAUCUCCUAGACGAAGUGCUGUCUUUUGAGCAAGAUCUCAAAGAUAGUCUCAACUAUCCCAACACCUUCCCAAGUGCAAUUUCUGUGCUCACUCAGGCACAGUAUCUGGUAAAAUGGCUGAACAUUGAGCGAGGAUUUACCACGAAUAAGAUGGAUACAAUUAUGACUGGUGAUUCUCCGUGGGAGUUCAUUGAACCAUCGAAUUUCGAAGAGCUGAAGAUUCCCAAGUGUGUCGAUCAGUUUUUACACCUGCUUGAUGCCAUUCGGGAGCGCUACAGAAGUCUGUCUCAGCCAGGACAUCAACUGCAAUUCCUCCAACUCCAGCUGGAGCUCAUAGACAACUUUCGUCGACGUCUCGUGCAGCUCUACAACACUAACAUCGGCUUCACAAAGGUCCUGAACGCUGUUAACUACCUCACAUCUGUCCUGCGCGAGUGGGGUGAGAAUGUUCACUAUCUUCACCUCCAUGCAGCCCUCGUCGGUCCAGAUGCAGAAGAGAUUAACUCGGUAUUUGAGAAGCCUGUGGAUGAGCUCGAACACUGGCAGAGGAAGUUAGUGAAAGAGUUGUCAGGCAGAGUAGUGGACGACAUUAAGGCGAAGUCCAUGUCCUAUCGCCACGAUUUGUGGGUCACAAUGCCAGAGCAGAACGCCAAGGAGCCUUUUAUUCUCAGCAUCACAGCCGGCGAGAUGUUCCAGAUAAUGAUGCAAUGCUUGCACAAUCUGGAGACGGAUCUCUCGGCGAAUGUCUUUGGCAUUGUGCUGAGACUCAUCGCACACCAGCUGGAUGACUUCUUUCUCGACAGCAUGAUCAUGAAUACCAAGUUCUCGACGGGCGGAGCGGCUCAAUUCCAAUUUGACAUGACACGCAAUCUAUUCCCGCUAUUCGGGCAAUACAUCAGAAAGCCAGAACUGCAAUUUAAGAGCGUUGCUGACUCGUGUAUUCUCCUGAAUUUGCCCAGAGGUUCUGCUAUUCUUCUGCACGAGACUCUGAGAGAUUCCAGCGAUUUGGAAAGUCACCGAAAGUCACUGAGGGAAGUGAAAGUGGGCAAUUUGAUGCCGCCAGUUGCACUGGACGUUCUUGAGCGCAGGACAGAUAUUUGCUUCUGAAGCCUUUUCCUGGUAAUUGGUGGCGAUUUCAAAGCUUUCAUAUCUUCGAGAAUCUCAUCAAGCGGACGUCCUUUGGUCUCAGGGAUCAGAAUAUACACGAAUAUCACGAAGAAGAGUGUAAAGACGGCGAAUC